UAUAUGUCGGUAAUUUGCAGUCCGUAUAAAUUGCCAGUCGUUUUCGGUGGUUCUGUACAUUUCGUACCCACAAUCACGCAAGAAUCAUGAAAGUUCUUGCCCUUUUGGUUACGUUCGGUCUCGUCACCGGGGGUUUAUCCUCGCUACUGUGCCCGUUCAAAUUUGAUCCAUCCGUUACGGUUCACCUUCCACAUCCGACCGAUUGCGCCAAGUACCUAACCUGCGUCGGAUCCAGUCCGGUCGAACAGUACUGCCCGGCGGGGCUUCAUUGGAACCAAGAUCUCAACCUAUGCGAUUAUCCUCGUGCAUCUCGUUGCACCCGUGGCUCCGCCCCGCAGUUAGCAAGAUUCAAUCUUAGUACCAUUGCGGUUAGCCGGCACUGUCUGCCGGCAACCGACCAGUGUUCGGAGAACUCUGACCAACAGGAGGAUGUGGUAUUUUUGAAACAUCCCGACUGUCGAAAGUUCUAUGCUUGCGUUUCUGCCCAACCGGUGGAACUGAAUUGCCCCAGGAAUUUAUAUUGGAAUGCGGAAAGUUGCGCCUGCGAUUAUCAGAUUGAUGAUACGUGCGAUGAAUUCUACGUGAGGAACCCCGGCGGAGAGAUUGAGGAAGAUGCUCAGGUGGAGUCUGAAAAUGAUGGUGAGGAAGAUGUGGAAGAGGGGGAAGAACCAAGUGGAGGAGAUCAGGAGUCAUUAGGUGACGUGGAAAUCUCACCAGAGCAGUCGGAUCAGGUGGAAGCUGAAUCAAACCCAGCGCAAUCGGAUGUAGAGUAUGCUGAACCUGUCCCAGCCGCUUUCAGAUUUCGUCGCGCAGUAAAUAGUGGAAAUUCUGAAGCAACUACCAGUUCAAGUUCUGACCCAGUACAAUCAGGUGCUGUCGAACACUCUGUGGUUUCUGUUGCAGUACUAAUUGUAACUCUUGUAAUGAGUUCAUUGUAAACUUAAGAAUCGGUUGAACAUUAUGGUGACGGGGUUUGAAAUAAAAAUAUAUUAUAAUAUAUUAUUGCAUAUAUAUCUUUA